AUGGCCGGAGGUCAGCUCCAAGUGCUCGGGGCACUCGACCUUGCCAAGACGCGGUGGUAUCACUUCACGGCCCCCGUCAUUGCUGGCAUGGGCUUCUUCACCGACGCCCACGAUCUCUUCUGCAUCUCCCACGUCACGAAGCUCCUUGGCCGCAUCCAUUCCUUCGACCCCAACUCGAAAUCGCCCGGGACGCUCCCGCCCAACGUGGCCGCCGCCAUCACCCGCGUGGCCUUCUGUGGUGCCCUCUCUGGCCAGCUCUUCUUCGGGUGGCUCGGCGGCAAGCUCGGCCGCAAGAAGGUGUAUGGCGUGACGCUCAUGCUCAUGGUCAUCUGCUCCUUCGCGAUCGGCCUCUCCUUCGGUCGCACCGCCAAGGGCGUCAUGGCCACCCUCUGCCUCUUCCGCUUCUGGCUCGGCUUUGGGUAUCGGCGGCGAUUACCUGCUCUCCGCCACCAUCAUGUCGGAGGCUUCGGCAUCCUCACAGGCGGAACAGUCUCCAUCAUCAUCUCCGCCGCCUUCAAGGAGCGCUUCGACUAUCCGGCCUACAGGGACGAUCGCGCCGGCUCCACCGUCCCGGAGGCCGACUACAUCUGGGUGCACAACUCUCAUGCUGGGCGCCCUCCCGGCUGCCUUAACCUACUACUGGCGGAUGAAGAUGCUAGAGACCGCGCGGUACACUGCUCUUGUUGCCAAGAACGCGAAACGGGCGGCCCCCGAAUGUCGAGGUAUUAUCCGACAGGCUCAAGCGUGCUCCCCACUUGCCUCGGCCACUUGGCCUCAUGCGCAGCCAGCACGUAG